AUGUCAUCCAGCGCCACCUCCAUUCCGCCCACAAGCAAACUCCCUCCGUCCUCGAAUUCGUCCAGUUUCUCGCUCGCUCCUCCCGAUACUUCCUUCUCCAAACGCUCGAACAGCUCAGGGAGUUCUGGUGCAGCUAUUGCAACGCGUCAGAUCCCGCAGGCGCGCGGGAACCAACCAUUAAAGAAGCAGCACAAGCAACAAAGGAAACCUCGUCUUGUCGAUGAGGAUGUCCUACACGAGACUCACGCCAUGAGGUCCAUUAACUCACGCAAGGGUCAAACCUCCAUCACCCAUCUCAUGAACUUCUCGCUCCCUCCCCGCCCACAGCAUCACUAUCAGCAUCACUUCAAUCAUCGACACCAGAGACGUAAUCCUACCUGGGGUCUUGGCUCCGGCUAUCAUGCUGUGGACAAAGCCCGCUAUGUUCAUGCAAACUACCGCUUCGUCGUCCGUCCUGACCGGGAAUACCACGCACAGACAGUCGACGCAGAUGUCUACGUCAGUUGGGACGCUGUCUUGCAAGUGCUGGCAUCGGCCGAGACUCAAGAUGCUAGCUGUCCGAUCUGCCUGUCCACUCCGGUCGCUCCACGCAUGGCUAAAUGUGGCCACAUUUUCUGUCUACCCUGCCUCAUCCGCUAUAUGCACUCUACAGACGAAUCCAACCCUGUUCCGGACAAGCGACCCAGAUGGAAAAAAUGCCCAAUAUGCGAGGAUAGCAUUUAUAUAUCUGACGCGAGACCGGUCAGGUGGAUUCAGGGCAACGACGCCAGCAUGCUGAGAGAAGGUGGUGAUGUUCUGCUCAGGCUGCUGAAGCGCGAACCCGGUUCAACACUGGCGUUGCCUAGAGACACCGCAGAGAGCAACGGCCACUCGGAGGACAUCCCCUGGUUUCAUGUGGCUGGGAUGAUGGAGUACGCUCGCUUCAUGAAAGGUGGUGAAGACUAUAUGAAAACUCAGUAUGACCAGGAGAUUGCGGCUCUCGAUGCCCAGGAAAGGGAGGACGAACUGAUGUUUGGUGACGAGAACACAUGGACCCGGAAAGCUGUCCUGGCCGUUGAAGAUGCCAAACAGAAGUUGUCUGGGUUGGGAAAUCCACCUGUGGCAGCACCAACUUCUCCCGCAAAGCAACCAGAGAUUCCGGAGUCCUGGGAAUCAGCCGACCAGGAGUCUUCCAACCUAACUUCGGCAGUCAAGUCAAUGACUCUCAGUCAAGGCCUUCCUACCAUGAAACCCGCAUCAGGUCCAUCGAGACAUGCUCACGGACCCCAACGCCCAUUAUCCCACCCGUUCUAUUUUUACCACGCAUUACCAAAUUUCUUCCUUUCACCCUUAGACAUCCGAAUUUUGAAAGCUGCUUUUGGCGACUUUUCGGCAUUUCCAUCGACCAUCCUCCCGAGGGUAGAGCACAUAUCUACGGGACAUAUCAUAGAUGAUGACCUGCGCAAACGUGCCAAGUACAUGGCUCAUUUACCAUACGGGUGCGAGGUGACAUUCUUGGAAUGUGACUGGACCGAUGUCAUCAGCCCAGUCAUUCUAGAGCAGUUCCAAGAUGAUAUUACCCGGAGACGAAAGAGGAACCUGGAAAAAGAAGCAAGAGAAGAGAGAGAUAGAAUCCGAGCCGAAAAGGAAGAGGACGAUAAGAGAUGGGCUGCCGCCCGAAGACCGCGGAGACCAAGCUCUGUACCAAAGAGUUUCACUGAAUCAGAUUUCCAGCCAUUGGUCGAGUCGGGCAAUCAUACAAGUUCUUCGCCAGGCGAAUCUGGUCUGGCAACAACACCGCCGUGGGGUAACGCGCGGGCUCAGUCUGCGUUUGCAACAUUGGCCACACCGGGCACGAGUCCUGACGCACCUCGAACGGUUUGGGGUACGGCGGCAGUCGCUCCACUCUCUCCACCCCUGCUCGCUGCGCCUGAACCUGUGAGCGCACACGCCGACGACGGCUGGUUACAGGGAUGGGAGCAGGAUCUCCUCGACGAGAGCGAUGCCGUGGCUAUGGUUGAGGCCUCCUUGAAUAAUGGUGGCUCACGCUCCAGUGGUGGUGCCCCGUCUUCGAAGAAAGGGAAGAAGAAGAAGAUUACACUUAUGUCAACGGGCAAUCGACGUGGCGCUUAG